AUGGGGUUGAGUGGUGCUGACGGCUCUGCGGUUUUCGUAGAAUGGACUGAACUUGACGGAGGAACCGUUGAAUGGGGUUUUGAAAACCGGCAUCAUUGUGAGAAUUGGAGUUUGCAAGCUGAAUCAGCAGUGAUAUCGAGAGAGUCACAGGGUGUUGUGACCGCUGAGACGAUUCAAGCGGCGUUUCGUUUAAUUGAAAAAGGGUUUACUGCCAUGGUUUCUGAAUUAUGGAAUACUCGACCACAAGUUGCAACUACUGGGACUUGUUGUUUGGUUGGAGUGAUUUUUCAGCAGACACUUUUUAUCGCAAAUGUGGGAGAUUAUUGUAUUGUGUUGGGGAAGAAAGUUGGGAAUACUGGUGGGGUUGCAGCGAUUCAGCUGUCUCCUGAACACAAUGCAAAUCUCGAGGGUGUUAGACAGGAACUUAGAGAAUUACACCCUUAUGAUCCCCAAAUUGUUGUUCUCAAGCAUGGAGUAUGGAGAGUAAAAGGAAUUACAAUAAUCUAA